AUGAGGUCGCGGACUUCAGCUGUCGGCGUCUCUUCAUGCCUGCUGUUAUGCCUUUUCGCCUUUUUGAAGGUUCCAUUUGUCUCAAGUACAAGGCCACCACAGCGUUAUGGAGCCAGCCUCCUCACCAUGCCCUCCUGGGGCGCAUCACUGCAGCGCCCGCAGCACUUGGCUAUACAUAGAAAGCUCGAAUAUUCCUUUGCAGACAGACAGGAAGGCUCCCCUGAAGCCUUCGAAAGCCCCCCUCCGGCACUAGACCUUCAGGAAGACGCAAGGAUGUCCCCAGAAGAGCCACAGGGGACUCAAGCCUCAGGCACCUGGAGCCGGGCCGGCACCAACAGCUCAUCCCAGCAAGCCCAGAAGCAGCAGCUCAAGGGGAGGCUUCAGAGGCUGCGGCUGGCCCUGGGCAACAUGAAAAGAAGGGCUAGAGAUAGAAUGAGGAAAAUCUGGCAAGGAAUUAAGAGGGGCGCCGCGAGGGUCAAGGCGGGGGCGGGCCGGGCAGCCAAAGCCAUCUUCAAAAAACUACCAAAACUCCACGGAAGACGCAGAAAAGCAGCACCAACUCCUGAAGCAAUACAGCCCGCAUUGGUCUCCCCCGUGGGGUUAGCAGGGCUGGGUUUGGCUGCUGCUGCAGAGCCCCGAGGGGCAGAAGGCGCUGCUGCUGCUGAAGCUGAAGCUGCUGCAGCAGAAGCAGCUGGGGGGCCCCCUGAGCGUGAAACCACUCCAUCUAUGGAGGCGAUUUCUCGGUCUUUGUCUAAGAAAGUGCGGCAAUUGAAGGAGAAAGGAGCGGAGGAGCCGCGGACAAGAGCUCCUUCAACUUCUGGUGAGGAGUCUGAAGAAGAAUUCUUCGAGGCUCUAACACCGGAGGAGCACCAACUCCGGUACGAGUCUGCACGCGCCGGAGAGGGGCAAGGCGCUGCUGCUGCUGCCGCCGCUGCUGCUGCCCCUGCUGCUGCGGCCCCUGCUGCUACUGCGGCUGUCUCAGCUGAGGGCAUGCCGGAGGACUGUCCCAUGUUUCUCCUGCGGCUGAGUCGAAAUAUGCUGUGGAUCAACGAUAACGUGCCCGAGCUCUGCGCGCUGUGGAGCCUGUUCAUGCGCGUGCCGAAUCUGACGAGGUACCGAACCACUCAGGAACUCGCGCUUGAUGUUUCGAAACAAGUCACUGCAGCUAAGAAGCUGAGUCCCGCAGACAACAGCUUCACAGCCACGAAGCUGCGGCUUACACUCGCUGUGGCUCGGGCUGAGGACGCCGUGGCCCGGGCUGGGAAGUACACUGACGAUGUUUGCUGGCUCACGAGGCCCGAAGCCAUCAUGCGCAUGUUGAAUGCGGAUGAGGAAAUGGUGGUGAAUGAGGCCAGCAAGAACUACAUGAGCUUCCUCCGCAGCCCCACCACAUUCUUCGACGGACUCAUGCGUAUCAUGAACAUGGCCCAGGCAGAUGUUGUCCCCUGUUUGGAGAGAGCCCACGAAGAAAUCAAAGCGAGGCAGCAGCUCCAACAGACUCUGAGGACACAGGAAGACAGUCUCAGGCGGGCGAUGCAGAGCCAACGUCUUAGUGUUCAGGAUCAACAGGAGGGAAACGAAGCCGUGCGGGACCUGAGGCUACUGGCUAGUAGAGAGUUUUGUUCGAUCGAAAUCCUUCAUUUGAUAACAGCCCACUCCGUAAGCAUCAAAGCCUUCAUUGCUGACUACAAGGCACAUGGAAAGAGCUGGUGGAAAAUGCAGUGGCCCAUUAAGCUCGCGGGGAUCAUGACUCCCUCCAGGGGGUCCAAGGCGGUGCCGCCGCAAGUUGCCAAAGGGUGCAAAGCCUAUGAAAGCAGCAAACCACCCACUAAUAUCAGUCAGGUUUCGGAUUUCUUGGAGUGGAUGUGGGAAGUCGCGCUGCUCAGGAGUGAACAGGAUCAGCAGUAG